ACCCCACCCCACCCCACCCCCAAUUCGACUAUCCCUCUGAAGUCUGAUCUCUCAAGCAAAGUUCAAAUCACCCAACCAAAACCCUAGGUUCUCCCUGCAACGGUUCUGCCGCAGUGCCGCCGCCGUCCGUGCUGUCGGCGCCUCCGCGUCCUCUCUUGUAGCCCAGGCCCUCUCUUGUAGCUCGGCGUCCUCCUUCCUCCUGUCCCCGUCCUCCCUGGCUUCUCUCGAACUUGGAGCAGCUCACCGCCGUCUCGCCGAUCGCCGUCCGUGUCUCCGUCAAAGAACUGAGAAGGAAAAUGGCAAUCUGAACCAGCAAAAGGAUUUCCGCAGCGUCAGCGCAUUCUCACACACAUAGGAACAAGAAAACUAACUCUUUUUCUGCCCUCUGUUGAACCACGGUUAGACCAAUUGGACCAGUGAACCAGUGACUAGAGCGGUUCGAUGACCGAUCCGGUUCUUAGAACCUUGAUUUACAGAGAUCUUGCAUUGACUCUCCCAAAUUGCGAAAAUUAAUGACGAAAUUACAGUCACCGAUAAAGGAGGAGACUUAAACUUUCCUAGGAGGCUGGGGGCACCAUUCUGAUGAACAUCCGUCCCCUGCGUAUUGUGUGCAUGCGCAAUACGCGUCCCAUGGCCCAAAACCCGUGACUCGUUGCUGCACUGCUACUAACAUCAUUGAUACCAUUUUCUCUCUUUCUCUCACAUUCAAUUCAUAUUCUCUCUCUUUCUUAACGCUCUCAACUCCCUUUCUUUCUCUCUUUUGGAAUUCAAAAACCAAAUCAUUCCUCUAGUUUAAAUUUAUUAUUUUUUGUAUUUUUUUAAUUAUUGUUUACUUUAAUUUAUUCGAAUAAUUGAAUAAUAUUAAAUAUAAUAAAAGUGUAACAUAGAUUUUAUAUUUAUAAAAGUUAUAGAUAUUAAAUUAAAUAAAAUCAUUUUAAAUUAUUAUCUCUCUAAUUUUAUAUUGUUGUUAAUUAAUAUAUGUUGUUGAAAUUUAAGAACUAAUUGUGUUGAUUUAAAAUUAUAGUAUCAAUUUCUGUUUAACAAAUAUGAUACUAAGUCUUGGCCUUUCAGUUUUCAUGUCAGUAUCUCAAAACAAACGUUACGUUUAAUGUACUCUCUUUUUUAUCUUGCUAAAUUAUAUAUUCUAAUAGAACAAAAAUAUUAACAAAUUAGAAACCUCUGUAUGGAUAUGUUGGUCUAGGCCCACUUUGGGAGGCAGCCCAUUAGAAAGCCCGAGAAAGGCUUUUGGAAUUUUGUUGGGAGUUGGGAACAAUCGUCCCAGUGAUAGUUUCUUCGCUGAUUUCCUGGAAGCCUCAAGAUUCAGUCAGGAAAUAGCAUGAAGAUUGUUCGGAAAGACCUUGUACGCAAUGGACCUGGUAGUGUUAAGAUGGUGGCAGUGGAUUCGGAUGAUCUAUGGUAUGCUUAUAACUUGAUUGCUCCAGGUGAUUCUGUCAUGGCAGUUACUGUUAGGAAGGUUCUUAGAGAAGCAGCUUCUGGUGGACGGGAAGCAGAACGGAUCAAGCUCAAAUUGGAAAUUAAAGUUGAAGAGGUUGCAGAUUACGACAAAGAAGGCUCUAUGUUGCGAAUUCGUGGAAAGAACAUAUUAGAGAAUGAACAUGUUAAGAUAGGAGCAUUCCAUACUUUGGAACUCGAGCUACAGCGACCCUUUGUUCUUAGAAAGGAGGUUUGGGAUUCAUAUGCUUUGGAAGUACUGCAGCAGGCCUCUGAUCCCGGUGCAAGUGCUGAUCUAGCUGUGGUUUUGAUGCAAGAAGGACUAGCCCAUAUCCUACUUAUUGGUAGAAGUAUGACUAUUACCCGUUCUCGGAUAGAAACCUCGAUUCCUCGCAAGCAUGGACCUGCUAUUGCUGGUUAUGAGUCAGCUUUGAAUAAGUUCUUCGAAAAUGUUUUACAGGCUUUCUUGAAACAUAUAGAUUUCAAUGUGGUUCGCUGCGCUGUAAUCGCAAGUCCAGGAUUUACAAAGGAUCAGUUUCAUCGUCACUUAUUUUUGGAGGCAGAAAGAAGACAGCUGCGCCCUAUUAUUGAAAACAAGUCGCGCAUUAUUCUUGUGCACACAACCUCGGGAUACAAGCAUAGUUUAAAGGAGGUUCUUGAUGCUCCAAAUGUUAUGAAUAUGAUUAAAGAUACUAAGGCAGCACAAGAGGUUCGAGCUAUGAAGGAUUUUUAUGACAUGCUUUCAAAUGAUCCAGCCCGAGCUUGCUACGGAGCUAAACAUGUUGAGGUCGCCAAUGAACGAUUAGCUGUGCAAACGCUUCUUAUUACAGAUGAUCUUUUCAGGAAUUCAGAUAUAGCAACAAGACAAAAGUUUGUCGAGUUGGUCAACUCAGUUAAGGAUUCAGGAGGCUCUGUCCAUGUAUUUUCAUCCUUGCAUGUCUCUGGAGAACAGCUAGCACAGAUAAGUGGCAUUGCCGCAAUUCUUCGGUUUCCUCUGCCUGAUCUUGAAGACAUUGAAAUGUAAUGUUGCAACAGCACCCUUUGUGAUAAUAACCUGUAUUGCUUGGUAUUUAUAUGUUGAAAUUAACACUCACCAUCAUCUAUGAAUCUGUAAUUCUUUGUAUUGUUAUGUUUAUAAAAUAAUUUUUCACCGGAGAUGGGAAACAAAAGUAGGCAUCUAGUCUCCACUUUUUCCCACUUAAAGUUAUACACGAGAAUGACAAUGCUGGUAGUUUGCGGAAAUGGUUUCUCUCAAUUUUUUUUAACAAUUGAGGGAGUAAAGUGUGAUCUAUAAGCUAGCUUGUUUUACAACAUUUUGAUAACAUUCCAAAACAUGCAAUCCAAGUUAUUCCAGCUCAGGACUGUACUGAGCAACCAACAUGAUACAAGUAUCUCCUGUAUAAGGUACUCGUUAAUUUGUUUAGGUUAACAAGCAUAAACCUUUGGAUAUCUAUCAGCAGACAAUCAACAAUAAAUUCCUACCGCUAUGAAAUUUAUUGCAUACAUA